UUCCAUAAAAUAAUGGCGUCGGCACAGGAAAGCCAGAGAACGCGGAGGAGACACUGUUCAGAGGUGGGAGAUUUAAUUAAAUUUCGACCAGAGGAAAACCCUAAAUGGCGUAAAGAGGAAGAUAAUGUUCCACCACUGGAUGACAUGGUAAGGGAGAUUGUAGGAUUCCAAGCGAAGUGGAAUCUUAUGAAGGAAAAAUGCAACGCUGAUGUUGGGUCUGUGCAGAGACAAUUCCUAGACAAAUUUAUUUUUCACUGCAACAAGGAAGAGGACCACGGUUGUGAUACUUUGGAGGACACUCAAGAGUGUCUGGCCUCGAAAAAGGACUAUUCCGACUUGUCAGAUAAAGAAAAAGAAACAGUGGACUUGAAAAAUGCCUACGAAUACUUGCUAGAUGUAAAGGAAAAAGAAAAGGACACAAAAUCUCAUGGCAUGAUUGAGGAAUCCAUGCUGAGAGGUGCACACAAAAUAAUCCUCAAAAGUGCACCCAAGAAUCCACAUCUCACUGAACUGGGGCAAUACAGUGAUAAACAGCGGUAUACAACUUAUAAAGGAGAGAUACAUGAAUACCAAAUGCCAGACGACAUGCACAGAGUCGUUAAUAAUAUUUUAGACAGGUUUAACUCUCUGUUUGAAGAAUCACAGAGUAGACUUGCAAAGUCCAAUUCCCAAGGAAGCCAGACAGAUGAAGCAGAUGCCAUCUCCCAAGGAAGCCAGACAGAUGAAGCAGAGGAUUCUCAGCAGCUUUUUGACAACACGUUUAAGCUGCUGAAAACUUGCAGUUGGCUGGUGUUCGAGAUGCUUGACCUGCAUCCGUUUGGAGAUGGCAAUGGGAGACUUUGCCGUUUGCUCUGCAGCUACGUGCUGUCCACCUGCACUCCUUUCCCCACGCCCAUCUACAACAUCUGGAGCACAUCCUCCAAAGAUGACUACAAGGAUGCCCUCGUGGAGGCAAGGAAGACGGAAGGUCGUCAUCCUCGGGCACUGGCCACCAUGAUCAUCGAAUGCAGCUGGUACGGUUGGAAAGAGUUCCUCAAACAUUUUCCAGAGGUGGACACUGAUGAGAAGCCUGGAAAUGAUGCAUCUUGCCCAGACAUACCAGAGCAGGAGAGGCACAGCCUUGAAGUUGAAGAUAGUUCACUGGCCUCCGUCAUGUCCAUGUAGGCCUAAGCCCCUAGCCUACAUGUACAUGGAUACAUGUCAAAAGGUUAGACCGUGAGAGAGACAAAAGCCUGCCUGAAAUGAAUUGAGCAUGUUAUGCACAACCUACAACAUACAUGUACAUGUUACGCCCCAACUAUAACAUCAGUCCCAACUGUAGUUGAGACCGUCCGAAGUUGGGCC